GCUGUUUAGUUGAGCUGACCGGAAAUCAGUCUAUUUGUUCACAUUGAACUGAGCUUUGUGUUUCUGCAAAUAUUAAUAUUACAAACUGUCAAACGUGGCUGAACUUCGGGAAGCAUGGAACAAGUCGGGAACAAGUAUUUGUCGCAGGAUUAUUUCAGCUUUGCAUUCCUCAAUGAACAUGCAAUUUGAGGAUGGUAUAUUCAUCAAAGAUUACUUCAGGAUGAUGGCGUAUAUGAUCGUGUUGUGUUUCACGCUGGCAAUUUCAUUAUCAUUUUGGGUCCUUUCCAUAACUGCCAGCACAUACUAUGGUACUCUGCAGCCAGUAUCACCAUGGCGGUGGCUGUUCUCAGUGCUUGUCCCUCUUUUCAUCACAUCUCGAGCCUUUAAACGCAAGAAUCUUGAUCAUGGUGGUGCCAUAGGAGCGAUGCUGGUUGGCUUUGUUCUUACUAUGGCCAACAUGAGCUUUUUUGGAGCUUUGUUCACCUUUUUUGUCACAUCCAGCAAACUAACCAAAUGGAAGGGAGACAUCAAAAAGAAAAUUGAUUCAGAUUAUAAAGAAGGAGGCCAGAGGAACUGGUUGCAAGUUUUCUGUAAUGGUGGAGUUCCUACUGAGUUGGCCCUGCUCUAUAUGAUUGAAGUUGGUCCUGGAGAAAUACCUGUGGAUUUUGGGAAGCAAUAUUCCGCUUCAUGGAUGUGCUUAUCACUCUUAGGAGCACUGGCUUGCAGCACAGGGGACACCUGGGCUUCUGAAGUUGGUCCUGUGCUUACUAAGAGAAUGCCCAGGCUCAUCACCACCUGGAAAGAUGUCCCAGCAGGUACCAAUGGUGGAGUCACUCCUGUUGGAUUAGUGGCCAGUGUUUUGGGUGGAGGCACAGUGGGAACAGUGUACUACUUCAUGCAGCUCCUGUUGGUAAAAGAUCUGCAUUUAGCAGUUCCUCAGUGGCCUAUCAUCUUGUAUGGAGCAAUAGCUGGUCUGUUUGGAUCUCUGCUAGAUUCAUUCCUCGGUGCAACCAUGCAGUAUUCAGGAUACGAUGAAUCCAUUGGGAAGGUUGUGAGUUAUGAGUCACCGAGUGUUAAAAGAAUAUGUGGGAAACCCAUCCUGGACAAUAAUGGAGUGAAUCUGUUCUCUUCUGUACUCAUAGCACUAUUCCUGCCUGGGUUUGCUUGGAUAUUCUGGGCUAGGCAAUGAAUCAUGUGAUUUUAAUUGUGUAUCAUGUCCCUUUUAGGAUAAAAAACAGUUUAUGCUAAAAACAAUGCCAUUACCAUAGCACCAUGGAUUUUUUUUUUUUAAUUUUUUUUAGAAUUUAAUCAAGCGCAAUUUAAACUCCUGUCUUUGUUUCUACACAUUGUAUUGAAAUGUUCUAAAUUACUUUAAAGUUUAAAUGUGUUAUGUUAAAAUACUUCACAUAUGAGAACAAAUAAAUUAUAUUAAUCUUGAAAGGCUGCCAAAGGCACAUACUGACGCUCCAAGUAUUUCAUCUUGUGUGUGUCAAUUUUUGUAGUCCAUUUCUUCCAUAAAUAUUUUGAGUAAAUAGCGUUUUCUGUUUAUUACCAAAUGUAUGUCUCUCUGUGUAAGUGUCUAUGCCAUUUAUUACAGGUGUAGGUUCUGGUGUUUUGUGUAUGUCAGAGAUCAACAUAUUCAAGUAUUCCAUUGGAAUAUAUGUGUACUUUGUGGAAUAAAGUACCCUUACAAGCA